UGACGACCAAAAAUUGAGAAAUGAAAGAAAAUUAACAGAAUAUUAUCAAAAACGUACAAAUAGUGUGAUUACACAGGCUGAAAAUGAUGAGCUACGCAAUAUUCUAGAAAAAGAAAUGUCAGAACUCCAUGAAAGGGAAAGAAAAUUGGAUGAUGGAAAUAAAAAAUCUACUAUUUGGGGAACUUUGUGGAAAGUAGCUGAGAAAGUUAAAGAAGGAUUUAUUGAAAAAACGAGAUACAAUUAUGAUGAAAAUGAUGGGCGUGAUGAGAAUGUCGAGAAUCGAAAAAAUGAUGCAACUAAUCAACCAGAGGAAGAAAUUGAAAAUGUAUUGGAUAGAUUAAGCAACAUUGGAGAUGAUAAUUUUAAGCAUCGGGAAGAACUAUUAAGCCACGAAAAAAUAUCUUCAAAAACAAGCACUUCUGCUCAAAAUGAAAAUGAUGACCAACUAUUAUUUGAAAGCAAAAUGUCAGAACUUGAUCAAAUUACUACGAAUAAUGAUAUUAGAAAGGCUAUAGUUCAAGAGGAACGUUAUUUCCAAUUAAGACAAAAGGCAGAAUAUCAUGAAAAAUUAAAAAAAUUGGCCGACAAAAAUAAAUCUUCCUUGUGGAGUUAUGUUUGUAAAGUAGCUCAGGGAGCUAAGGAACUUCUUAUUGAAAAAACAAGUGUUCAUUUGGACUUUUCCGCUGGAUGUGAUGAGUAUGUAGAGAAUCAAGAAAAUGCUUCAAAUAAUCAACCAGAGGAAGAAAUUGAAAAUAUAACGGAUAGUUUAAGGAAAAUAGAAAACGAAAGUGUUAAGCAUCAGGAAAAACUUUUUCGUACAACAACAACUAUCGAAAAUGAGAUUUUUUAUGAGCAAGGAACGUCGAAACAAAUUUAUGAUGAAGUAAACAAUUCUCAACAUAAAGAAAAUGUUCCCAUAAUUGAUCUAGGUAUUCAAGGAAAAGCAGGAAAUAUUUUGAUAGAUAAAGUAAAGUUUAAUAAAUUUAAUAUCAAAAUGUUUUUUUGA